GACACUGUCGGAGGGCAGUGCUCCAGGAAGGGGACGCCGACGUCGGGAGCAAUGCAAGUCCAUGCACCCCACAGAGGCGAGACGACAGGUGGAACGCCACCCAAAGAGGGCGCUCUACUGGCGUGAAACUAAUUCCCCGAAGCGGCCAGGAGGAGGCGCUACAGCGCCCCCAACUAAAACUUCUCCAGCACAUCAUCAAGGAUCUACAACCUAUCCUGAAGGACGAUCCCUCACUCUAACCUUGGGGGACAGGACAGUCCUCUCUUACAGACAGCUCCCCAACCUGAAGCAAUUACUCACCAGCAACCACACACUAUACAACAAAAACACCAACCCAGGAACCAAACCCUACAACAAACCCCGAUGCCAACUCUGUCCACAUAUCUAUUCAAGGGACACCAUCAUAGGACCUAACCACAUCAGCCACACCAUCAAGGGCUUGUUCACCUGCACAUCUACUAAUGUGAUAUAUGCCAUCAUGUGCCAGCAAUGCCCCUCUACCAUGUACAUUGUCCAAACCGGACAGUCUCUACGCAAAAGAAUAAAUGGACACAAAUCUGACAUCCGGAAUCAUAACAUUCAAAAACCAAUAGGAGAACACUUCAAUCUCUCUGGUCACUCAAUAACAGACCUUAAAGUGGCAAUUCUUCAACCAAAAAAAACCUUCAAAAACAGUCUCCAAUGUGAAACUGCAGAACUAGAAUUAAUUUGCAAACUGGACACCAUCAGAUUAAGCCUGAAUAAAGACUGGGAGUGGUUGAGUUAUUACAAAACCUAAGCCUCAUUUCCACAAUGCUAAUUUUCCCCUACUGUUAAGAAGGUGUGAGCGUCAACUGUUUGAAAUGGGCCACUCUCAUUACUACUUCAAAAGUUAUUUUUCCUCCCUUGGUAUCCUGCUGUCAAUUGAAUUGUCUCGUUAGACUGACUUCACACUUGGUAAGGCAAAUCACAUCUUUUCAUGUAUUUAUACCUGCUACUAUAUUUUCCACUCCAUGCAUCUGAUGAAAUGGGUUCUAGCCCAGAAAAGCUUAUGCCCAAAUAAAUUUGUUAGUCUCUAAGGUG